AUGGAACCGAAUGGCCUCAGGGAGCCACUGCUACCACCUUCAGAAAGUGUUUUGGUCGAUUUCCAUCUGCCUUCUGUCAAGCAAGGCAGGAAAACGAAGACAGUCACGCUGAAAAUUUUCGCCACCAAAUCUACUUCUUCUGUGUCAUCAUUAGAAGCCGUAAUCGGGAAGCACAGGGGAGUUGAAAGCGUUGCUGCGUCAUUAGUUGAAGGCAAAGCUGUGAUUAUAUACCGACCGGAACUAGUCAGCGUAAGCCAAUUCUAGUCAAGUGGCUUCCCGUCGUUUUGGUGAACAUGCUGAAUGUUGGCCUUUGAAAGAAUUAGUUAUGCUUUAAUUUCAUUUAAACAUCUCCUCAUCUCUCCCUGUCUCUCUCUCCAUCUAUCUCCCUCUUUUCGAAAGUUGAACUGGAAAGUAGAAUUGUAAUGGUCUUUAAGGAGUCAUACAGUUUACCGGAUUUUUAGGAUAAUCUAGUGAAUACUAACAAGGCAUAAGUUUUUUUCUAAGUUGAAAUUUAUAUGAGUUUUCUUUCUUUUAUAAAGAUCAUGAUUUCCCAAGAGGUAUCCAAUGAACAAAAAUGUGAUCUUGAUGGAUAUUUGUCGUCUCUUCACCUUUUCAUUCCACCAUUUGCAUACUUUCUUUAGCUCUUCCUAGUACUUCGGAUGUCUUUUUAACUCAAUUUUCUAUUACAGCUAUGUGAAAGAUAUUUGAUGAUAUUGGUAAUUAGGGAACGAAGAAGAAAAUAGAUGACGCCACAACUUACUGAUUGGAAUAUUUCUUUGCCCUAUAUAGAAUUAAUAGACCCUGAAAUAUUAUCAAAAAUGGUGUGUCAGAAAUAAUAAAAAUGUGACUGUUGAUGAAAAAAUUGGAUAUAUAUGAGUGCACAACAGCUUUAAGUUCGAGCCCCUCAAUGCAUUAUCUUAAAUUCUUACGAAUUUAGAUGAUUUUUUUUCAAAUGAAACAUCAUAUUCCAAUUUGGACAUCUGUCCUGUCAAUAAAGCCUUUUUUUAAUGAGUGCUAAGUAUAGUUUUAUUUGGACUAACUUGGUUCCUCAGGUGCAAACAAUCAGAAAAAUGAUAGAAGAUUUGGAUUUUCAAGUUGCUGAGAAUACUGAGCAAGAAGUAGCUGUAUGCCGCAUUAGAAUAAAGGGAAUGGCAUGUACUAGCUGUUCUGAAUCUGUUGAACAAUCUCUGAGUAUGGUGAAGGGGGUGAAAAAAGCUGUAGUUGGUCUUGCACUUGAAGAAGCGAAAAUCCACUUUGACCCAAAUAUUACUGAUUCAGUCCAACUUAUAAAAAUUAUAGAAGAUGCUGGAUUCGGAACUGAUCUCAUUAGCUCGGGUGAUGAUGUGAAUAAGGUUCAUUUAAGGAUUGAGGGUAUUCGCUCUAUAGAAGAUGUUAGAAUCAUUCAAACAUCCCUUGAAGGACUUGAAGGAGUUAAUAUCGUUGAAAUGGAUGCAGUUGGGCACAGGGUAACUGUUACAUAUGAUUCUGACCUGGCUGGUCCAAGAUCUCUCAUACAAUGCAUUCAUGAGGCUGGACGCAGCCCAAACUUGUACGAUGCUUUCUUGUACACCCCUAAACGCAGAGAAACAGAAAGACAACAUGAGGUUCACAGUUAUCGCAACCAAUUUCUUUGGAGCUGCCUGUUCUCUAUUCCAGUGUUUCUCUUCUCCAUGGUUCUCCCUAUGAUUCAUCCAUUUGGGAAGUGGUUAGGCUCGAGGAUUUAUAACGAACUUACUGUGGGACUGCUACUCAGAUGGGUGCUUUGCUCUCCUGUUCAAUUCAUCAUUGGGUGGAGGUAUGCAUGGAUAUUUUACAUAUGCUAUCAUUACCUUUUUUUCCCGUUUAAAACGUUACAAUUCUUAAAAUCGGCAGCUUUGCCUCAUUUUCACCUUCGACUUUGUGGAAUAAAAUCAAUUCUUGUGGGUUAUCGAUGUGCUUUUGAAUUUAUGAUGACACUUGUCAUAAUAUAUAUUAUGCAGAGGUAGUGUAUUACUUUAUGAGGCGACCAUUUAUCUUAGUCUCUGAAGACUGCUAUUUUACACUGAAAAACGCAUCUCCAUGUGAUGCUUGUGAUUGUCUUUUUUCUCCAUUAGUGUCAUUCCUAUCCCCCAAGACAGGUUGAUAUCAAGAGAGAUUUCUUUUUGGUGCAGCCUUUCAUUGCGUUUCCUGAUAUUAAAAGCAGCAACUUAAUGAUAUAUAGUUAUAUAAAGAAAAUAGCUUGUGACUGAUAUGGUGUCAUUGCUAAAGUAGCAUUUGGUGGACAUUUAAAUCCAAUGGAAUACUUUCAUUGAUUUGAUUCGGCUCAUCUUGGUAGUAUGAAGACAGUCCACUGGUUCUAUGCGCCGUAUAACAGUGAAAUGCUGCUCGGUAGCCAACGAUGUGUGUGUGUGUGUGUGUGUGUAUGCAUGUAUAAAUGUCUAACAUCAGUUGAAGUUGUCCAAUGAAGUUCACCGCUAGAAACUGCAACACCUUUCUGUCGUUUAUCGUUCAUGCGAAAUUGAUGCUAAUCCUUGUUUCAAAAUUCUAAAUUGAAAAGAGACUGAGGCAUUAUUAAAACGUUUCUCGUAUUCGUCUGCCUUUGUUGCCUCAUUGGGGAAGUUUUGUAGCUGCAUUCUCUUCUUCUUCUUGCAAGUUUAUGUCCUCUUCACACCUGUGGAUCUUGUUUCAGAUUUUAUGCUGGAUCGUAUCACGCUCUGAAGCGUGGUUCUGCUAACAUGGAUGUUCUUGUUGGGUUGGGAACAAAUUCUGCCUACUUCUACUCCCUAUAUAUUGUUAUCAAAGCGGCAACUUCAGACUCAUUUGAAGGCCAAGAUUUCUUCGAAACAAGUGCCAUGCUGAUAUCUUUCAUUCUUCUGGGAAAAUAUCUUGAAGUGAUGGCAAAGGGGAAGACCUCAGAUGCCUUGUCGAAGUUGACGGAUCUUGCACCCGAUACUGCCUUUUUACUAAAUCUGGACAGGGAUGGCAAUGUGAUGUCGGAGAUGGAGAUAAGCACCCAAUUGAUACAAAGAAAUGACAUAAUUAAGAUAAUCCCUGGUACGAAGGUGCCCGUUGAUGGUGUUGUUGUCCGAGGCCAGAGCCAUGUCAAUGAGAGCAUGAUCACUGGGGAAUCGAAGCCCAUUGCAAAGAGACCCGGAGACAAGGUCCCUAUUUUAGUAAAAUUUCAGUCGAACUCCUCCUUUGUUGACAUUAUCUGUGCGCUGUAAUGUUCUUCCUGUUCAAACCAGGUCAUUGGUGGAACUGUGAACGAGAAUGGAUGCAUACUGGUGAAGGUGACACAUGUCGGGUCGGAGACUGCCUUAUCUCGGAUUGUUCAGCUGGUGGAAGCUGCGCAGCUAGCUAGAGCCCCUGUUCAGAAAUUGGCUGACACGAUCUCCAAAUUCUUCGUUCCAACCGUAAGUUCUUUCUCAUCAGCUGCCUAAAGUUCUGAUGUUCUGAUGCGAAGAAAAUAUCCAUGUUUCUAGCCGUUAACUAUAUGGGUUGAUCUCUGUCUUGCGUCGUUUUAGAUCGUGGUCGUUGCUCUGCUCACUUGGCUCGGUUGGCUUAUCCCCGGAAAGGCUCACCUCUACCCGAGAAGUUGGAUCCCGAAGGGUAUGGACGCUUUUGAGCUGGCCCUGCAGUUUGGGAUCUCGGUUUUAGUCGUCGCUUGUCCAUGCGCCCUGGGGCUCGCCACUCCAACGGCCGUCAUGGUGGCCACCGGAAAAGGUGCUUCUCAAGGUGUCCUCAUUAAGGGCGGCGAUGCCCUGGAGAAGGCCCACAAGGCAAGUCAACAACCCCCCCCCCCCCUUUUCUCUCUCUCUCUCUCUCUCUCUCUGACGAUCUCUCUCACCAUGCAGGUGAACACUAUCAUCUUCGACAAAACGGGAACCCUUACGGUGGGAAAACCGGUAGUGGUCAACUCCAAGGCGUUCUCCAAUGUGCCCCUACAAUACCUCUGCGAGAUGGUCGCCGCUGCGGAAGUCAGCCCCUGGAAAUCUACUAUGCCCGUCUUUCUAAUCCCAGCAUCUUCUUCAUCUUUUUCAAUGCCCGUCUUUCUUUCUGUGCAGGCCAACAGCGAGCACCCUCUAGCGAAGGCCGUCGUGGAUCAUGCCAGGAAGCUCCGCCAGCAGUAUGGCCUCUCGCCGGACCGCGGAGCGGAAGCCGCCGCAGCCGCCGACGAUUUCGAGGUCCACCCCGGCGCCGGCGUCAGCGGGAGGGUCAACGGGAAGCUCGUGCUGGUCGGGAACCGGAGGCUCAUGCUCAAGUUCCAGGUCCCCAUCGGCGGCGAAGUGGAGGACUACAUGCUGGAGUCCGAGCGCCGAGCUCAGACCACCAUCCUGGUCGCCAUCGACGGCACCCUCGCCGGAGCUUUCACCGUGGCGGACCCCCCCAAGCCCGAAGCGGAUCUCGUCAUCUCCUACCUCAAGUCCAUCAACAUCUCCAGCAUCAUGGUCACCGGCGACAACCUCGCGACCGCCACCGCCAUCGCCGAGCAAGUCGGCAUCACCACCGUCUUCGCCGAGACCAGCCCUCUUGGCAAGGCCGAGAAGAUCAAAGAGUUGCAGGUGAGAAAGAUCAGGUCUCUCUUUCUCUCUACAGUUUAGGAUUUCUUCUUCUGCUUCUUGAUGGGUUGGUUGGUUGUUUCUUUGUGCUGCAGGCGAAGGGGUUGGUGAUAGCGAUGGUGGGCGACGGGGUGAACGACUCGCCGGCGCUGGUGGCGGCGGACGUGGGGAUGGCGAUCGGCGCCGGUACGGAUGUGGCCAUAGAGGCGGCGGAUGUGGUGCUCAUGAAGAGCAACCUGGAGGACGUGGCCACCGCCAUCGAUCUCUCCCGGAAGACCCUCGCGAGGAUCCGCCUGAACUACGUCUGGGCCUUGGGCUACAACGUGCUGGGGGUCCCGGUGGCCGCCGGCGUCCUCUUCCCGUUCACCGGGAUCCGCCUGCCGCCGUGGCUCGCGGGCGCCUGCAUGGCCGCCUCCUCCAUCAGCGUCGUAUGCUCCUCUCUCCUGCUCCAGUCCUACCGGAAGCCCCUGCAAGUCAACGACCCCCGCGGCCCCGUGGACUUCUCCAACUCGGUAUGA